AUGGAGGAUGUACAUCCUAACUGCUCCUUUGGCUGUAAUACAUCUGAAACAAUAGAACAUCUUCUGAUUACUUGUCCUUAUGCCAAAUCUGUUUGGGCUAUAGAGCCAAAUCUUAUUUAUGUUAAUCCAGACAACACAUCCUCUUUCUUAGAAAUUUGCAAAACAUGGAUAAGGAGACUAGAUUCUGGGAUACCUAUUGAAAUAAUCUUGACAAAAGCUUGGUUCAUUUGGAAAGAGAGAUGCAACAGAGUCUUUGAACAAAAACAACAAACUAAAACUCCAUUAGGCUUAGAAAUACAAAGAUUUUUAGACUUCUGGUACAAGAGUAACAUGCCACCAACACAGUUCAUUAAGGGUAAAUUGAAGAUACAAAACUGGUCUCUGCCUAACACUUCACAGUUCAAGCUUAAUAUUGAUGCUGCUUGGAUUUCCUUAGAUUUUCCUGCAGGUUUUUCUUUAAUUCUUAGGAAUGAUGUAGGAGACUUCGAGCUUGGCAGGGCAGGACCGUUCACAGCAUCUUCCCCUGAAAAAGCGGAAGCCAUAGGACUACUACAAAGUGUUAACUGGGCAGUUGAAAAAGGCUUGUCAAAUUUCACAGUGGAAGGCGAUUUACCUAGAACUGCAAACAAUGUAGCAGACGUAUUAGCAAAAGAAGCUAAAUCCUGUUCUUAA